AAGAGAUUUCAGAGGUCAAUUUGUUACAGAGUUCAAUCACCUCUAAGCUGUACGAGGGAAACUCUAGAAGUGGGUGUGUUACUGUUAAGGGAGCUCUCCUGGGUUGGAGCUUUAUAAGACUAUAGUCAUCACUCCCCGUUAAAAGGUGCACCUGCCUCCCUCCGGAACUGCUCGGCAUAGGUGACUGGAGGGCGAGCAGGAGAAAGAGAAGACUUAUGCUGCUUCUAAGAAUUUGUAGUUUCUCCUAGAAUCGGGGCAUUCAAGGUCCCUGUUCCUAAGGCGUUUAGAUGGAAGAGUGAAAAGAUUUCAGGAUCCAGCUUGCGAAGCUGUCCUUUCCUUAGGAGCUUCAGCCUCUUCUAGGCAAAACUUCAGGUCUUUAGUCUCAGCUCUGAGUGGCCCAUUGAGCACCAGGAAGACCUGAGGGAUCUGUGGAGUCCCUAUCAGGAACAUAUCAACAUGGACAGUAGUGAUGGGCAAGUUGGGGCCCUGCCUGGGACAGGCUGGUCAAAAGAAGAUCUGGAGGAGAUGCUGUGGCUUUACCGGGCAGAGGACUCAACACCAUGGAAUAUUGCUAUCCUUGUCCUUUCAUCUUUGGUAUUUGUUCUGAAUGCCUUCCUUCUAGGGAGAAAUAUCAUGGCAAACAGAAAUCAGAAGAUGAAUUCCCAGUAUAGACAAGCAGUGGAAUCCAGAUCUUCUUUUGAUACUGUAACCAACAACAAGAACUCUGUGUCACUAAAGGAUGAUAAUACCUUGAAUAUUUUAAAGGAAACGUUGCUCUCUGAAAACCAAGACCCAGAACAGGUGAUGAUUGAAAUGAAAGAAGGGGCCAAUAUAGUCCUUUCCCCAGUGUCAUCAGGAGAUGGCAUCGAGUGAGGUUAUGGUAAGACAGCAAAUGAAAACCAGGGAACUAUUUUCAACAGCAGUGCCUGCACGGUGGGUUUAGUUAAAACCACCAAAGUUCUUCCAAAGACAUGAGGAUAGCCAAAGGCAUAAAGUAACUAGUAGCUAUGGGCCAAAUAUUUUGUACUUAAGCAAAAUUAAAGGAUCAAUAACAAACUAAAA